UAUUAAAAUGGACAAUGGAUGUGGACAUUCAUUAGCUCGACUCUGCUUAGAAACCGUAGCAGAAAAUAUUGCAUUGGCGUGCGAAAAUUCAGCAAUAAAUGGUUGUUACGUGUAUUCUGAGGUCGCUUUCUCCCAAUUAAAUGGUAGACACAUACAAGAAAUUUUGGAUAUUGCCUUUUCUAAAGGCAUUUUGUCACAGAAACAUUUUGGAUUACUUGUCCAUCCGAAUGUUUUAAAGCUGGAUUUAAGCAAAUACAGCCAUAGUUUAGUCACUGAUCAAGUACUGCUACAACUUCCUUGCAAGAAAUUGGUCAGUUUGAAUCUUCAAAACUGUGAUCAAAUAUCAUCACAAUGUCUGAACCAAAGUCUGCAGAAUCUGCCAUGUCUCACAAAUCUAAAUUUAUCGCAUUGUCUUAAAUGUUGUGACUCUGUCCUGGAAAACAUUGCUAAAUGCUGCCCUAACUUAGAGAAACUCAACUUAGAAAUGUGUCAGGAUGUUACAGAUCGUGGGAUUCAAGCUUUUCUCAAGCCAUUUACCAGCUCUGCAAAACCUCCAAAGAUAUCACAUUUAAAUGUAUCAUCAACCUCUGUAACCACAACGAGCUUCUUGAUCUUGUUAAAUGGCCUACCACUUCUACAUUCACUGUCAUUUGCCCAGCUUCUUGGCACUAAAAAACUCUCUUCUGCGAACUGCAAUUCUAUUGAACAAAAACAUGUCCAGUUCCAACUUCAGCACUUGGACAUGCUGGGCACACAAUUUUUCUAUUAUCAGAUUGGCCAAGUAGACCUUAUUCUUCAAAAUUGCCACAAUCUCAGAGGUCUCAAACUAAGCUUUGAAAUCGAUGAACCCGAUGUGCAUAACUAUCCGGAAGUAUUCUUCAUGAAAACCGCGAAACAUCCCACGCUGGAAUCAUUCCACCUCAGUGCCUUACAAGGACCUCAUUUGCAAUCACAGCUAUUUGCAUUGCGCUAUUUCGAGUUUGAACGAAUCGAGAAUUACCUGAAAGAGAUUGACAACCAACUGACAUCGCUACACUUAGCUGAUGUAAAAAACCUCAAGAUAUCUACGUUUUUUAAUUUUAACUCGCUGAAGCAUCUAACCCUGUCACGUUGUCAAUUCAUUCAACCUUUGAAAACCUCAGCAAAACUAAGCGAUUUCUGUUCAUUGCAAUACAUCGGUCUAGAAAGUCUCGACUUCCAGAAAGAAAUCUCGUUGGAUCUCAAGCAAAAAUUUCUGUACCAGCAACUGAUGUCCCACCCAAAACUUCUACGUCUUUCUUUGAGAUCGGUUCCAAUCGAAGAAGAAUAUUUAAUGAAGAUUCUCCGUAGCUCUUCUGGACUUCACCUGGAAGAGCUGAUAUUGUCCUGCUAUGAUAACGUCAUUGUUAACACAAUCGGCCAGAUCGAAAAGAGUUGUCCAAAUUUGAAACGGCUCGAGUUGAACCAUUGCUGGGUUGUCACCUGGUAUGACAUUUGUCAGUUCAACGAACGAAUGAAGACGAUUGGAAGAGAACUUGAAGUUGUUACAAAUGAACAAAACGAUUUAAUAUGAUUAAUAUAUUGGAAUUAUAUACUGGACUGCUAACUUGA